AUGAUGAAACCACCCCAGCCAAAGCUGAUGGCCUCAAGCGCAAAACAGUUAAGGCAUCUGUACAAUGAAUGCCAUGGGGAAAGCGCUCCGCCUCUUCCCUUCCUCUUCCCGGGUUGGCAGCGCAGAGAGGCCUCGCUCGCCUGCGCGACUUCCUCCAGGCCGAAGCUGGCUAUGGCGGCGGCGCGGCAGCUGCCUCUUGUGGUAAUCCUGGGGGCGACCGGCACCGGCAAGUCCCGGCUGGCGCUGCAGCUCGGCCUCCGCCUUGGCGGCGAGAUCAUCAGCGCGGACUCUAUGCAGGUAUACCGAGGACUGGACAUAAUCACCAACAAAGCUUCCCUGGAAGAACAGGCACUGUGCAAGCAUCACAUGAUCAGUUUUGUGGACCCUUUGGUGACAAACUACAACGUGGUGGACUUCCGAAACAAAGCCACAGCCCUCAUUGAAGACCUCUUUGCCUGCAAGAAGAUCCCAGUUGUGGUUGGGGGAACCAACUAUUACAUCGAAUCUCUGCUCUGGAAGGUCCUCAUUGACCCAGAGAAGAAGACCUGGCCUCCGGGUCCAACAGGGGGAGCAGCCAGUCGGAGGACUGAGCUGGAGAAGUUGGAUGGCCAAGACCUCCAUCACCGCCUGAAGGAAGUGGACCCCCAGAUGGCAAACAGGCUUCAUCCCCACGAUAAGCGCAAGGUGGCCAGGAGUUUGCAAGUGUACGAAGAAACAGGCUUCACCCACAGUGAGUUGUUGCAGAAGCAGCAGGAAGAGGAAGGUGGGGGCCCAUUGGGGGGCCCCUUGAAGUACCCCAACCUAUGCAUCUUAUGGCUUUAUGCAGAACAGGCAGUGCUGGAUGAGAGGCUUAAUGCACGUGUGGAUGCCAUGGUGGCGGCCGGGCUGCUGGAGGAACUGCGAGACUUCCACCGGCGGUACAAUGAGGAGAAGGUGGCAGAAAGCUGCCAGGAUUACCAGCACGGUAUAUUCCAGUCCAUCGGUUUCAAGGAAUUCCAUGAAUUCCUGAUCAUGGAGGGCAAAUGCCCAGCGGAACAGAGUGAGCAGCUCUUAAACAAAGGAAUUGAGGCCCUGAAGUUAGUGACCAGGCGAUAUGCCCGCCAGCAGAACAAAUGGGUCAAGAACCGCUUCUUAAGACGCCCUGGACCCAACGCCCCACUUGUGUAUGGCUUGGAAGUCACUGAUCUCUCGCGGUGGGAAGAGAACGUGCUGGAACCAGCCAUCCAGAUUGUGAACAGCUUUCUCCAGGGGCAGCAGCCUCCAGUAGAGCCCAUCAGAAUGGAGCACGAGCGAGAAGAGAACAAGCGGAGAGGCCACGAGUGUGCCGUGUGCAACAGAAUCAUCAUUGGGGACCAAGAAUGGAAAGCUCACAUAAAAUCCAAGUCCCAUCUUUUCCACUUGAAGAAACUGCGAAAAUCACACUCAGAUCCCCAUUCAGCAAAGUGCCAGAGCAGCAACACAGAGAUUCCUCAAACAUGCACAGAAGCAUCAUCAGGGAACUUGGAAGCCUGCGAAACGUAGUGCCAUCAUCGGUGGGAGUUCUGAGACUUUGGUGGCUCCUCGAAAGCCAGAUUUGGGCAGGAUUCCACCUUCACCACACAAAAACCAAUGGAGCCAGGGAGGAGAAUUUCACCUUUCUGGGACCUCUGACCUAAAAGCAAGCUGUUUAGUCUCCAACCAGGAAUUUUCUACAAAGAAUCAAACUACCACUGUUUUGAAUAUGUUGGUGCUAGUUUACCUUUCUAACUUUCAUUUUUAAGAUCAUCAGUGGCUGUAUUUUUGUAUUGCAAGGCUAUUAACAGUGCCUUUGGACUCUGAGACCGCUGUGUCUGCAAGGGCAAGGAAAGCCAAAAGACCCCUCCUGAGACAUACACAGAGAAGAAAACACCCGCUCACCAGGGUGACACAGAGCAUGAGCUGUUUCCGUCACCACUCCAUAUCUUCAGUUUUAUAAGCCUCUGUUUCUCAGAGGUGGGCAAAUGGUGGCCCAGGAGGCAAAUCAAGCUUACAGGAGUUUUUCUUCUGACCCUCAAGCUGCCAAGUGGCUGUUCAGGGCAUCCACCUGCCAAGAAACUGAAGCACUGGUUAACAGGCAAAAAAAAAAUUAGUUCAACAGCUCAAGGGUUGCUGGGAGCAGCAGUGUUGGCUGCAUCUGUGUCUCUGCCCACUUCCAAGGGCUCUGAAUUUAAUGCUGGCUCAGUGCUGGAAACAGAGCCAGCCUUCGACUUGGAGCCCUCAGAAGUAGGGGGAGACCAAAAUGUGGCUCUCAAGCCAAAAAGUUACCCACCCCUGCCAUGAUAUGUCAUUUCUCUACAAUUCUUGGAUUAUUUUGUAUGCCCCCGUGAGGCAAAAUUGAGAUACAACCGCAGCAAAACACAGCAUUAAGUGUUGUCAUUUGUAUUUUGCAAGGCUGUAUCUUGGUUCAGGCUGGGGGGAGGGUUGGGGGGGGCAGCAAACACAUGGCUACAGAAGACUUACUGGGAGACGUCCAUUUGUUUGGUCACCACCACCCCACAAAUUAAUCAUAAAAUCCCUUUGUGUAGGGAUUUUAGGGGGUCUUUUUGACAAACUGACCAUAUUACAUGGCUGUAGUGUCAUAUAUCAGGAGUGCCUCCCCCCCAAGCUUUGGCACUUGGUUUCUGUCUCUGAGGGAUCUUGGUCUACAUCUGAGUUUAGUUCUGGAUGGGUUAGUGAGCAUCACUGGACUAGUCUGCUGCUUAAUAAAGGCCCUGCCAUUCAAAACACA